GGAAAAGAUAUUUUGCAAGUACUUUUUUGAAAACAAGAAUGCGACAUAAGAGAAUAGCAGUUAUGUUCUUAGAUAGUUACGGUAGCUAGAUCAUUGACAUCCUAUAAUUUUAUGUCACUGCAAACUUAGUCUUGCAAACGUAGUAACACAUGCCGUGCGUAUCAUUCGUAUCGUAGCAUUCAAGCAACAAUAUCAUGCUGGUGCAUAUCCUACGAUUGUACAAUGUUAAUGAAAUAUUAUUAUCAUACUUCGGUCUUUGGCCAUUCCAAAAUAAAUUCGUGAAAAAUUUCCUAUCAAUUUCAUAUUUUGUGCUUCAAAUGAGCAUUUUUCCAUUCGAGGUAACAAAAUACUUCAACACAUUUUCAUUUACAUGAAUCUAACAUUAAGUAAUGUAUAAAAUGUAAUUCUCAUAUAUUUAUUUAAGUACAUAAUAUGUACUUAAUAAUUUCGACUAAUAUUACGAUUAGAUAUUAAUGUUAUAUGAUCAUUGGAAAAAUAAACAAUUAAUUUUUAAAACUUUUUAUUACAUUAUUGCACUAAUUAUAUUUAUUACUAAGUUAUAUAAUGAGUUUUGGAAUUAAGACAAGGUAUGUGCACUAAAAACGUCAAUAAUUUAUUUACAUCUUUUAAUUAAUAUUUUAACAAAAUUAUUUGUUAUGGUCAGAUACGACAGUUAUAUCAAACUCUGGAAAACCAUUGGAAUAUAUUUACAAAUAAAUUUGAAGUGCGUGUUCUUAAUGAUUAUUCUAGUCUAUCGCAAAAAGUUAUAAUAAUAUAUUCAAUUAUAAUGUACUUAACGAUAGCAGCAUAUGUUACGAAUCCAUUUAAAUUGAUAUUAUUUGAUAUCAUAUGGCCUUCUAACGAGUCACGAUUCUUCGUGAUUUCCAUAGAAUGGAUAAUAGAUAUGAACAAGUAUUACGUACCAAUUAUUUGCUACAACACUAUUCUAAUUAUGAUGGAUACAAUUAUUCUGAUUGAUGUCGACAGUAUACAUAUUACUCGUGUUGUUGCUUGUAAUUCAUUUUUGAUCGUUAGGCAACAAUUCAAGAAGAUGAUGUUAAAAUCAAAUAUGAAUAUAAAAAUUAGCAAAUGCUGCGAAUGUCGUAUGAAUGCAAUAUUUCAAUCAGCAAGCGAGCAUGUGAUAUACCAGGAAUACGUUAUAUAUUUAAAGAAAUUUCAAAUUGCUUUAGAGCUUGUCGAUAUAUUGAAUUUAAUGUAUCGGACAAUGGCAUUAAUUUCGUUAUUAAUUGGUUAUACGAUUUUAAAUGUGGAGGAAAUUCAAGUAAUCAUUAUAAGCUGUUAUUUAUGCAGAAAAGAAAAAAAUAUCACUAUUAAUAAAUAUUAAAACGUUA